GUGAUUUUUGUUAAGGCUAAUAUAUUCAUUGUGGAGGAAAAACAGAUUUAUAUAUAUAAAAUUGUGGCAAAUAAUACUUUAUAUGUUUUAGAUUUGAUUAAAAUGAUAUAAUAAAACUGCAUUCAAAAUAAUUUCAAAUUCAUAAUGUACAUGAGAUACAUAAUUUAACCUGGUUGUAUGCCUUCUGAAUCGUCUUUAACAAGGAUUUUUUUUUAAUUUUUUAUUUUUGAGCUAAAGCCUCUUUUAUAAAGUAUAAAAGUCUAACUGAUCUUAGCUUAGAAGAUAGUAACAUUCUUAUCCUGUCCACUAAUCCAAUUUUAGGUUUAUAUUAUCCAUAAGGAAGCCACUCAAGGAUGCAGACAACUCUUUCAGACACUGCUUUAACAGGUCCAUGUUCUGGCUGCUGCAGAAUUCCCUUUGGUGAAAGAAAACAUUAACAUGGGGAAGACCAAUCAAUCUUUUGUGACAGAAUUUGUUCUCUUGGGGCUUUCUGGCUACCCAGAGCUUGAGGCCAUUUACUUUGUUUUGGUCCUGUGUAUGUACCUGGUGAUCCUGCUGGGAAAUGGAGUCAUCAUAAUCGUAAGUGUCUAUGACUCCCACCUGCACACCCCCAUGUACUUUUUCCUCAGUAACUUAUCAUUCUUGGACAUUUGCUACACAAGUUCUUCUAUUCCCCUAUUUCUCAGCAGCUUAACUUCAAAGAAAACCAUUUCCUUCUCUGGAUGUGGAGUGCAAAUGUUUCUCUCCUUAGCUCUGGGAUCCACAGAGUGUGUCCUUCUCAGCAUGAUGGCAUUUGACCGCUAUGUGGCUAUAUGCUUCCCUCUGAGAUAUCCCAUCAUUAUGAGCAAGACUUCUUAUGUACCCAUGGUUGCUGGAUCCUGGAUUGCAGGGAGUGUCAAUUCUGUGUUGCAAACCUCUUUUGCCAUGCAGCUUCCUUUCUGUGGUAAUAAUGUCAUUAAUCAUUUUACUUGUGAAAUCUUAGCUGUCUUAAAAUUGGCCUGUGCUGAUAUCUCCAUAAACAUUAUUUGCAUGGCUGUUGCUUAUAUGAUUUUUCUUGUUGUUCCAGUACUUUUCAUUUUUGUUUCUUAUGUUUUGAUUAUGGCCACCAUCCUGAGGAUUCCUUCUGCAGAGGGAAGGCGUAAAGCCUUCUCCACCUGCUCUGCCCACCUGACGGUGGUGAUUAUAUUCUAUGGAACCGUCUUCUUCAUGUAUGCAAAACCCAAGUCUAAAGACUCUUCCAGUGCAGACAAAGGACAGGUCACAGACAAAAUCAUCUCUCUCUUCUAUGGAGUUGUGACACCCAUGCUCAAUCCUCUCAUUUAUAGUUUGAGGAACAGAGAUGUGAAGGCAGCUGUGAAGAAUAUACUGUGUCAGACGUGCUCCCCACAGGGAAUGUGAAUGCUAUUAAAAAAAAUUCCUUUAUCCUGAAUCCAGGUCUCAUUCUCAAUUGAAGAUUCCAAACCAAAAAUAAGAGUUGGUGAUACCAAUAAUCCCUGAAACUAAUUUUUCUGUUACUGGUAUUUAAAUGUGAGAGAAAUCUAGGGUGAAAUGAGUGAAAACCAUUGUUAUAGAUAAAUGAUUCAAAAAAUUACUUUCUUUUCCCUUCAUGACUGGAUUAAGGAGAAAAAGAACAGAAAUUUGUGGGUAAAAGGAGUUGUUAGGUCUGAUAAAAUAAUUGAAUCAAUACCCCCUCUCCUGGGAACUGACUUUAGGCCACUUCACAAUGGACAUUUCACUUGCUUAGACCACAGUCCACUUGCUAAGAUGAUUAUUCUUCCCUCUGGACUUUCCUGGAAUCCGGGUCUGCACGGAGAAUUCUCCAUCCAGAAGAAAACCACCUAGAGUCCUUUAAAAACCUCUGACUCCCCAUCUGUGGGUGUUGGCACCAUUUUGGGGCUUAGCCUAUCUGGUAUCCAGAUGACCUAAUAAAUUUAUAAUCCCUCACCACUUUGGCCUCAUGCAUUCCUC